CAAUAUUGAGUUGGAAGUGUAGUGAAUUUAAAAUUAAAAAUGUUCCUUUUUAACUUAAACAGCUAUCAUAUAAUUUGGUUUCUAAAUGUGUUUGUUCAAGUUUCGAUUUCAGAGUCUUCAGAAAACAAAAAUAUUAAGUGCGUGAGUUUUUAUAGGUAUGCUACGUUAACUGUUACAAUCAUUUUAAAAGACGUACCAAAGAACCUGAAAUCCCCUGAACUUGAACACCCGAAUUUAGGAAACACAGAAAAUCACUUGUCCAUUAGUUAUUAUGAAACUUACUUCGAGUUCGACCCCAUGGAUUUUACAGACCCACCUGAUCAAUCUUUAUUAAACGUGAACUUUAAUAAUUAUGAUGGCUAUACACGUGUGAAGAUACCAUUAGUACAAUUUAUUUUAGAAAAAAACGAUAGUGUACCCGUAGACAAUUAUAAUUGUUCGAGCUCCUGUAAACUAGAGUUUGAUGUUUCGGCCUACCAGAGCGAUCCAGGAUAUUUAAAGUGGGUCGCAGCGAAUUAUCCAAGACAUGAACGAUACGGAGAAAGUUCGAGAAAGGUUCUCCAUGGCCCCCAAAUCAUCAAGAUUCUGGAAGGGAAGGAAGUAGCAACUAUUGAGGUAGUGUUAAAAAACAUACCAUCAGAUACUCAUUCCGUUCAGCUUUUUUAUAAAAGUACUAACGUCUCUCCGACAGGAAUAAAAGUAGUUAAGAACCAUUCGGAGACACAUUUUAAUAAAAAAAUAAAGUUUACACUGGUGCAUAGUUAUAAAAAUCAUAAUACGGUAUUAAUUAGACUUAUCAAUGAAAAAAAUGUAACAGUAUCCGAAGAUACAGAAUUAGUGGAUUUUAUUAGAUACACAAAAAAAGAAAAGCAAAAAGCAGACGUCUGUUUUGAUGAAUGCAUCAUAGUUUAUAAUUUCAACCAAGAUUAUGGACGAAACGAAUCGAAUAUAAACUCUGGCUUUACUUUUCCUGUGCCAAGUAAUGUAUGUACAGCACAAAUAAAUAGAAUACCACAUUAUGAGAGUAAACCAGCUUAUAUUUCAACUACAACACCAACGCUACUUUCAACUACAACAUCAAAAACAAUCGAAGGAAGAAUGGGAAUUACUAACGAAUUAACAAAUACAAAAAGUACCGAAGAAACAACUAUAAAAUCAACUACAGGAACAACAACAAAAGCAAUCGAAGAAAUAUCAACAAAAAUAACCGAAGUGACAACAACUAAAACAACUGAACGAAUAACAAUGGUAACUGAUAAAGCCUCGCCUAACAACCUCGCCAUCAGCCUUACUAGUAUCGCCGCUGUGUUGGUUAUAUUAGUAACAGUUGGCACAGUCUUGUAUCGACGAUAUAAAGUGGCAACACCUGUGAACGAUGACACUUAUUUGUAUGCUACACAACUAAAUUACGCCCAGUUACAGCUUGAGAGUUCUGAACUAUACGAGGCCCCGCAAAGAGAUUACGAUUAUUUAUCAUCAUACACUCGUGUCAUAGGCGUUUUAAAACCGAUACUUGCAGAGAAAAAAGAGAGGAACACAUAAAACUAAGCCUCUGCUAUCCGUCCGUCCGUAAAUCACACUAAUAUUAUAAAGGAGAAAGUUUGUGUGUGUGUGUGUGUGUGUGUGCGUAUGUUUGUUACUCCUUCACGCAAAAAC